UCGAGACACAACCAGGAAAUCGUUGUUUGUUUGGGGUGUGAGAGGAGCAGCUGAUGCUCUCUCUGUCUCUUUUCUGUUUCCCACAAUGUUUCUGUCCACUAAAUGUCCGUUUUUCCUUUUAUUAGUGACAUAUUUUUACUCUCGCGUGUCCGGUAACACGGUGGACCUCGGCGCUUCCGACUUAGCGGACAAAGCGAGACAAUUCCCCGCUGUUUUCGAGCCUGCACCUGGUGGUUCCUCGUCCUCCCUCAGUCUGCUGCUGUCUUCGUUCCCUGGAGACCUGGAGAUCAGCGAGUACUGCAGAGACCUGCUCCUGAUCUUCGGACAGCGGUAUGAGGCCUAUGUGAAGUGCCUGGUUCCUGCGGCUCGACCCGUCAAAGUGUGUGAAAACUGCUUCUCCAGCUAUGUCAACCUCAAUGAAACCUACAAUAACAUCUCAGACCAGGUGGGUCCUGGGAAUGUGAGUUGCAGAGACAGUCUUCUGCGCAGUGAUCGGUUGAUGGUAGUAUUCGUGUUGUUCAACAACCUUAAAGACCUGUGGGAAAAAUCAGGCUGUAGUCACUGCAUCACUAAAGGAUUUCAAGGCCUGACCAAUGACACGCUUGCCUUCAUGACGACGCUCAACCAAACUCAAACCUGCUUCGAUACAUAUCAACAGGGCAAUCAUACUGAGCUAUGCCAAAAGUGUAAGAACACAUAUAAAGACCUGAAUGAGCUGUACAGGACAUUGGAGAAGGAUCUAAACAUGUGUAUUGACGUAGAGGAUGCGAUGAAUAUUACGCGCAGAAUAUGGAGUAAGACUUUCAAUUGUUCCCUGCCCCGUGAGGAGACGGUGCCUGUCAUCGCUGUGUCCAGCUUCAUGCUCUUUCUUCCCAUCAUCUUCUACUUGAGCAGCUUCCUUCACUCGGAACAAAAGAAACGCAAGCUCAUACACCCAAAGCGAGCGAAAUCGUACAACAGCUUGAUGAACAUUCAGGACAAACAGAACUGAGCAGAAGGCGAUCACUGAUACGGAGGCCUGGAGUUACGACCUGGAAGUAAAUUUGACUUCUUGUAAAGGUUUGACACACCUCCACUGAAUGUUUACGCCCCCCUCUGUCCGCAGCAGCUUCACCAGCUGUUUUCUGCGGGCUGUGGUACCGAGUAGUAUUGAAAGGUCUGGUAUGAAGGAGCACAGGACAUGAAACCAAAAGUGAAAUGCACUGGAUAUUUUAUUGCACAAAGACAGACUUGGGGACACACUGAAGAAUUAAUUUCAUGUUAUGUUAUGUCAGUGAAAACAUCCAUACAUGUAGACGUUGGCUGUAGCAUUUAUUGCCAGUUUUGCAGUUUAAAAUCCAACUCUUAUGACAGUUUGUCUUAAUAUAAUGCAUUUCUUAUAAUAAUCACAGACUAGAUUAGACCUUUAUUUUGAGUUUCUAUUAAACUCGCCCUGUCCGACUUCUCUUCAGUCUGUCACAAGAAUGAGCAGCAAGUGAGUAAUAGUGUGUGUGUGUGUGUGUGUGUGUGUGUGUGUGUGUGUCUGUUUAUGGGUUAGGGUGAGAAAUGGGUUUUCUGUCUCUAAUAUAUAUCCAGAAGAGAGCAGCAAAAAGGAAGCACUUGAUGUCCAUUAGUGGUGACAUGUAUCUGCUGUAAGAAGAGGGGUGCACAUCAACAGGCCAGGGGUGAUAAAUAAAGACCCACAUAAUGUAAGAGCACUCUGAAGUGCCACUCUGUGAUGCUUCCUGUCUCUCUCCCCCAUGGUUUCAUAAAGCUCUGAAUGUAUUCUGUUGUCGUCCUUGUCUAAUGAUGUUUAACUUAAUUUGUUAAGUAUUUUUGACUGCUUUCUGUGAGAAAUGUGUACCUGUUAAAAAUGCAUUUGCAGUAAAGUAAUGCAAACCCUUAUCGCCUAGUUUUGAACCCAAAUAAAUACGUUUGUGUAAUGAAAAUAACACACACGCACAUUUUAA